UGCUAGAGUCAGGAGCGGGAGGUAAGCCAUCAGGCAUAUCCUAGGCUUCCUGAUGUUCUCUCCUGCAGACUUGCUCAGAGCUGCUGUUCUCUCCAUGGGGCCUGAGGGUAGGACCAGGGACUUGUUCUGUAUCCCAGAACUUAGUCACAGGGAAGAUAGCAUCAGCCCCACACAGGCACAGUGCACACUCCACGGUGCACGUGGCCAUGUCUCGGGACAGGACUGCCUAGAUGGGCAGAUCUUGGGCCAGUUGCGCCCCCUGUCUGAAGAGGAAGAAUCCUCUGGAGCUACCUUCCUUGGGGAGCCUGCCUUCCCUGAGAUGGAUUCAGAGGAUCUCCGCCUGGCUUCCUUCUUGGACUGGCCAUCCACGGCUGGGAUUCAGCCUGAGUCAUUGGCUGCUGCUGGCUUCUUCCACACAGGCCAGCAGGACAAGGUGAGAUGUUUCUUCUGCUACGGGGGUCUGCAGAGUUGGGAGCAUGGGGAUGACCCCUGGACAGAGCAUGCCCGAUGGUUCCCCAGGUGCCGGUUCCUGCUAUGGUCAAAAGGAAGGGACUUUGUGGAAAGAAUCCAGGCUUGCACUCCCUUGCUUGGCUCCUGGGACCAAUGGGAAGAGCCAGAAGAUACUGUCCCUGCCACCCCCUCAGCUCCUGCCCGUGGAUGCCCUGAUUUGCUCACAUCCAGAAGAGAGAUGCAGCCUGAAGAUGCCAGUGAGCCAGGAGCUGGGGAUGCACGGGAACAGCUGCAGCAACUGCAGGAGGAGAGAACAUGCAAGGUGUGCCUGGAUCGAGUCGUAUCUGUGGUCUUCGUGCCCUGUGGCCACUUAGUCUGUGCUGAGUGUGCCCCCAACCUGCGGGUGUGCCCUAUCUGCAGGGUGCCUAUCGGUAGCUGCGUACGAACUUUCCUGUCCUAA